AUGCUGCCGAUGAGGUUUGCCUCGGUUCGGCAAAAGAGCCGGCCGGCCCUGAGCAGGCCAUCCUUCCUGGACGACCCAGGUCUCGUUGCCGUGCGAUACGAGAACACGAAGCAAGCAGAGCCACCCAUCCCGCUGCCGCCACCUCGCUCGCCGCUUCGCAUUCCGAGCGAGGCCAGCUCUUCGAGGUCCAUCAGCACGACGACGACGACGACGCACACGCCCUCGUCGCCCAUUUCUUCGCCCUGCAGCAGCCCCGUCGUCGUCGCGCCGCCGCCGAGCCAUCUGCCCUUCGCCGCCGCGCCGCCCACGGAGCAGCAUCCGGCCCUCCGAAGGCCACCCUUGGCGGCAACGGCGCGUGCCGUCGAGGACGGGAAGCGAGACUCGGGCCACGCACGCACCUCGACGUCGACGGCCACCAUCGACGAGGCCUGCGAGGAGUUUGGCGUCGAGCAUGACGAGAAAGCCCGCGCCGAGCUGGCAGCCUUGGUGGCAUCGGCCGCCGCCGCCGCGCGGGGAGGCCAGGAGCAACACGUCGAGCAUCCGUCGCCGGCAGGCCAGGCCAAGCAUCGUCCUGCUGCUGCCGGCGAGCCUCGGGCGGCGGAAGCGGCCGGAGCGCCGCCGACGACCUCUGCCGUGGCCGCCACGGCGCCUUCCACGCCGUCGCCCUCGUGCAGGGAGAUGCCACGCUUUCCCUCGUCCGAGCCGAGGGCCGUCCUCGACGCCCAUUAUUUUUCUUCGCCCGCGCCCACGGAGAGCGUGCGGGCGCGAGUUCGACGAAGCGAGGAAGCGCCAACCACCCCACGGACGGUAGCGCCGAUGCCGAUGCAACCUCAGCCCUUGCUGCGGGGCUCUGCGCCACCCGUCUCCUCUCGCCGGCAGCCACAAGCACGACAACCUUCGCCCAACGGCCCCCGAUCCGAUCCCUCGACACCGCCCAAAACGCCCAGCUUUUCGUCGUUCGAGGCCGACGACGACGCCGACGGCCAGUUCUCGCCCCUCGUCAUCUCCAUCCCCACCGACACCCUCAUCGAUCAUGAGUUCAUGGCCGGCUUCUCCUUCUCAAAACGCGGUAGCAUCAUUUUCCGAGGGCAGCGCGCCAUGGCUGCCGACGGCGCGGCCUCGCCGAGCCCUGGCUCGCUCGACGACGACGCCCCGCCGCCCCGGGUCAAGGUGUCUCCGAGCGAUGUGAGCGCCGCCGCCGCGCCGCCGCCCGACAUCCGCCUCCUCUCCGCCGACGUCGAGAAGGAGUCGCAAAAGGUCAGGUCGCUCUACCAAGCCGGCGACGCCCUCCACUGGGAGGACGGCGCGAGGCAUUCGUUCUGCGAGCGCCUGGAGCCGACGCCCGAGAUGCCGACCGAGGAGUCUACCGAUGGCCCGCCGUCGACGCAUCAUCUCGCCUCGGGCUUCCCCUCGUCGCCCUCUGCAGGCUCCUCGCUCCUGCAGCAGCGCGGCUCGAAACGGGACAGCGAGCUGGCCGGGGGCAUUGAGGACUGGGAGGACGUCGACGGCGCCGACGUCGACCGCUACGGCUUCAUCAACCCCUCGACGCCGCGCAUCGGCCCCCCGACGGAGCUCAAGUCGGCCCAGCACUCCCCGAGGCGGCGAGCCAUGCUCCAGAAGAGGGACCCCAUGGGCUUCUCCUCCCACCUCGGCGGCGGCCGCUUGCCGAGCCGCAAGGUGUCGGCCCGCUCGCUGAACACGCAAAACUCGGAAAUGUCGGUGGCCUCGCGGCGCUCGUCGCGCUCCGUCAUCCGCCAGGCCGGCAACCUGCUGCCCCACAACCGCAACAGGCGCUGGAUGGACGAGGCCGGGGACAUGCUGACGGUGUCGCCGAACCUGCAGGACGCCGUCGAGGAGGCGCAGGUGGGCAAGCUCUCCGAGGCACUGAAGCGCAAGGAGUGGGAGCGGUCCGAGAAGUGGCACAAGAUGGCCAAGGUGGUCCGGAGCCCCGUCCAGGGCCACGGCAUGGGCUUCGAGUUCGACGUCAGGAGCCCGAAGCUGAUCGAGCGGACGUGGAAGGGCAUCCCCGACCGGUGGCGCGCCGCCGCCUGGUGGUCCUUCCUCGCCACGUCGGCGCGCGAGCACGAGGGCUCGCCCUCGGCCGAGGAGAUCAUGGGCAGCUUCCAUCGCCUGCAGCAGACGAGCUCCCCCGACGACGUGCAGAUCGACCUCGACGUGCCCCGCACCAUCAACCGGCACAUCAUGUUCCGCCGGAGGUACCGCGGCGGCCAGCGCCUGCUCUUCCGCGUCCUCCACGCCCUCUCCAUCUACUUUCCCGAGACGGGCUACGUCCAGGGCAUGGCGUCGCUCGCGGCGACGCUGCUCUGCUACUUUGACGAGGACAAGUGCUUCGUCAUGCUCGUCUGGAUGUGGCGCUUCCGCGGCCUCGACCGGCUCUACCGCCCCGGCUUCGACGGUCUGAUGGCGGCCCUGCGGGAGUUUGAGACGCAUUGGCUCGACAAGGACGUGGCAAGCAACCUGGCCGAUCUUUGCGUCGACCCGACGGCCUACGGCACGCGCUGGUACCUGACGCUCUUCAACCUCUCGAUCCCCUUCCCCGCGCAGCUGCGCGUCUGGGACGUCUUCCUCCUGCUCGGCGUGGACGGCCAGCAGCCGAGCGCGGCCGGGGCGACGGACGAGGGCAAGGUCGUCGGGGCCGAGGCGCCCACGGGCCUCGACGUGCUGCACGCCACGAGCGCCGCCCUCGUCCAGGCCCUCCGCGAGGUGCUCGUCGACUCGGACUUUGAGAACGCCAUGAAGGCGCUGACGUCGUGGAUACCCGUCAAGGACGAGGACCUUCUCAUGAAGGUGACCAAGGCCGAGUGGAAGACACACCAGAGCCGGAGGAAGACGUAG